GAAGAUACACGCCUUAUUCAAUCGCAGAGUCCUUCUGCCAUUGGCCGAGGAGUCUGGAUAUUAAACAUGCCGUUAAUUAGCCGAGAUGAAAUAACCAGGGGAUCAGUCGGUCUCUCUGAAGAACACGUUGUGGUAUAAGAUGACCCUAUUUACUCCACGACGAAGGAUGUUUAACCACGCGUACCAGGUUGUUAAGGAGAAACCUAAAUCAUUUGAUGCCAUUCCCGGCCCCUCGGGUAGAUAUAGCCUGUCUUACAUAGGGCAUGUCUUUCACUUCAAACCUUUUGGCCGGUUUUUACCGAGCACUUUCACCGAGCUCCUCCGAUACCUCCGCCGCGAGCACGGUCCUGUGGUGAGACAGAGGCUUGGCCACCAGUGGAUGGUUUUCCUGUUCAAUCCGAUGGACUUCCAGCGACUCCUGUUCCAGUACGAAAAGUACCCUAUUCGACCGACCCCCUCACUCAUGUGUGUUUACGCCCAGAGAAACAACGUCCCGUUAAGUAUGGCGUUUCAAAACAAUGAAAAAUGGAUAAAACUACGACAGCCCAUCCAGGAACUUAUGCUCAAGCCUAAUGCUAUUUCCAGACACUUCAGAUGGAUUGUUGAAAUAGCGGAUGAUUUUAUAAAAUUCCGGAUCGAUGGAAGCAAUCAACUCCGGGAUACGCUGUCUGAGCUGACACGACUAUCAGCGGAGAGUUCUGGAAUGCUUUGUUACAACACAAGGCUGGGUUGUUUAACAAGGGAUCACCAAGAACUACUCUCCAGUAUUCGGGACGUCCACUACUUUCUGGGACAGUCGUUUGAUCGAUUCCCGUCCUACUGCUUUUACCCCACCAAAUUCUACAGAGAUUUUGAACAAUUUUAUGGCAUUGUACGGAAAGCGACUUCGGAAUUCAUGGACGACUGUCUACAGACGAUUAACUACAAGCUUGCUCUAUCUGUUAAAGACUUCACGUUUAUGGAACAAUUGCUAUUGGAUCCCAGAAUGUCACGUGACGUCGUGGAGAGCGCCAUCACGGAUUUGUUUAUUGCAGGGGUGGACAUUACGGCAAACGUCUUGUCGUUUGUCCUUUAUGAUUUGGCCAAGAAUCCUACAGCCCAAGAUAGACUACACACAGAAAUAAGACAGAGGUGUGGAGAUGGCGAGCUGAAUGAGGCGAUGUUUGCUAACAUGCCGUACCUAAAAGCUUGUAUCAAAGAGUCACUGCGACUUGUGCCCCCUGUACGGGACGGUAUUCGGAGAGAGGUUGAGAGGGAUACAGUGGUGGCCGGAUACUCCAUCCCUAGUGGGACGACUUUGGUAUUGUGCAACAGUGUUAUUUCGUCGGAUGAGGACCAUUUUCCUGACCCACUAGCCUACAUCCCCGAGAGAUGGUUACGGACCCCGGGGACACGGGCCACCAUUCACCCAUUCGCCGUACUCCCGUAUGGUUUUGGGAGAAGGAACUGCGUGGGGAAAAGAAUCGCGGAGCUACAAAUGCAUGUAUUCAUUGUUAAGCUUCUUCAGCGCUACUCUUUGAGUCUUGCGGACCCGGAAGAGGAACUGUCCUACCACUACAUGUUGUUUGCCACGCCCUCUCGGAAGUUCUCGAUCCUCCUACAGAACAGGCUCCAAAGCAGUGAUGACGUAAACAUCUCACGCCGGAAGAGACCCUGUCAGUACCAGCAUCCAGAAAGUAGUCCUUUGUCGUUCUGACACUGAAUAAAUCAGUGAAAAUUACCAUGUGAUAUUCUGUAGUAUUACUUAAAUUCCCGGUAAUUCCGUGCAGAACUCUUCUCAUACUAGAAUCAGAAUUGGAUUAUCUUAAAAUAGUUUGUUUACUGAAAUGUACAAUUUACAUGUGUUAAGAUAAUGUGUGUUUGUUCGUUGCACUGAAGUGCACAAUCUCAAUUUUCAUCGAGCGAAAUGGUAAUAAAUAGUUGUGUGUGACGUUUUAAUGAAUUUAAAUACAGUUAUUGAGAACAAGAGUCUUACUGAAUUUGUAGAAGAUUUUAACUGAACUCAGUACAAAAGAGCGUUUACUUACUAUGAGCGCUUUUCAUAGUG